GGGGUGGGCCUGCACGCUGGAACAUGUAUAAAUGGAGAGAGAUGGUAAUGGAUAAGUCACAGAUCAAAAAAGAGUAAAACCGAAGAGAACACAAUACGGCAAGGAGUGUCUUCUUCAAAACAAACAUGUUUAACCUCAAAUCAUCGCUGACACUGCUCCUGGUGACAUGUCUCCACCUUCAGCUUGGCAGUAAGUGGAUCUGUUGAUUUAGUUUGUAUUUAUUCAUUUUAUUAUUUUAUAAAGAAACUAUUUAUACCACAGCUUUGCAUUUUUCAGGAUUUUCUGUUACAAGGGAAUUAAUUCCAGAAUGUUUAUUUAAAAAGUGUAAAUUGUAAAAGAUGAAGCUGUCACUAUAUCUGAGGAUGUUGGUUACAUUUAGCAAUUUAGUGGGUGCAGGGGGAUAGGGGCUGUAGUGGGUGCAGGGGCUGUAGUGGGUGCAGGGGGAUAGAGGCUGUAGUGGGUGCAGGGGGAUAGAGGCAGUGGGGAUAGAGGCUGUGAGUGGUGCAGGGGAUAGGGGCUGUAGUGGGUGAAGGGGGAUAGGGGCUGUAGUGGGUGCACGGGAUAGGGGCUGUAGUGGGUGCAGGGGAUAGGGGCUGUAGUGGGUGCAGGGGGAUAGGAUAGUGGGUGCAGGGUGAUAGGGGCUGUAGUGGGCGCAGGGGGAUAGAGGCUGUAGUGGGGCAGGGGGAUGAGGCUGGUAGGUGGGGAUAGGGCUGCAGUGGGAGUAGGAUGAGGCUGUAGUGGGUGGGGGGGGAUAGAGGCAGUGUGUAGUGUGGUGAAGGAGAUAGUAGUGGGUGCAGGGGAUAGAGGGCAGGUGGUGGGAUAGAGGGCAGGGGUAGGGGAUAGAGGGUAUAGGGAGGCUGUAGUGGGUGGGAUAGGGGCUGUAGUGGGUGCAGGGGAUAGGGGCUGUAGUGGUCAGGGGGAUAGAGGUGCAGUUGCAGGGGAGGCUGAGGGCGCAGGGGAUAGGGGGCUGUAGUGGGUGCAGGGGGAUAGGGGCUGUAGUGGGUGCAGGGGGAUAGAGGGUGUAGUGGGUGCAGGGGGUAGGAUCUGCAGUGUGUGAAGGGUGUAGUAUCUACAGUUAGUGCAGGGGGUAGGAUCUGCAGUGUGUGCAAGGGGUAGGAUCUGCAGUGAGUGCAGGGGGUAGGAUCUACAGUGAGUGCAGGGGGUAGGAUCUGCAGUGGAUGCAGGGGGUAGGAUCUGCAGUGUGUGCAAGGGGGUAGGAUCUGCAGUGUGUGCAAGGGGGUAGGAUCUGCAGUGAGUGCAGGGGGUAGGAUCUGCAGUGGGUGCAGGGGGUAGGAUCUGCAGUGGGUGCAAGGGGUAGGAUCUGCAGUGGGUGCAAGGGGAUGCAGGGGGUAGGAUCUGCAGUGAGUGCAGGGGGUAGGAUCUGCAGUGAGUGCAGGUAGGAUCUGCAGUGAGUGCAGGGUAGGAUCUGCAGUGGGUGCAGGGGUAGGAUCUGCAGUGGGUGCAGGGGGUGGGAUCUGCAGUGGGUGCGGGGUAGGAUCUGCAGUGGGUGCAGGGGGUAGGAUCUGCAGUGGGUGCAGGGGGUAGGAUCUGCAGUGAGUGCAGGGGGUAGGAUCUGCAGUGGAUGCAGGGGGUAGGAUCUGCAGUGCGUGCAAGGGGUAGGAUCUGCAGUGGGUGCAGGGGGUAGGAUCUGCAGUGUGUGCAGGGGGUAGGAUCUACAGUGUGUGCAGGGGGUAGGAUCUGCAGUGUGUGCAGGGGGUAGGAUCUGCAGUGUGUGCAGGGGGUAGGAUCUGCAGUGUGUGCAAGGGGUAGGAUCUGCAGUGGGUGCAGGGGGUAGGAUCGGGGCCAGACUGGGAAUGAAAAGCAGCCCUGGAAACAAAUUCUACACCAGCCCCAUAAUGCAUCGCGCCGGCAUAGUGUGCAGAUAUGGAAGCGGGAAAAAAACUGAAAACGAUCACUCAAACGUGAAAGAAAGCUCUCAUAGGGCUUCAAAAUAAACACAAGAGAGGAUUUAUUGUAAGCAGACGUGCAUUUGCAUAUAACCAAUGCUUCAGCCCAACUACCUUGACAUAUUAAGGAAAUUGUGAAUGUAUUGCACAGCAGGUUAUCUCGCUCAUUUUGCUCAGAGUGUGUCAAUGCCAAUUCAAUUCCCAUAGUUAAGCAUUGGGAGGCUAUUGCGCCUGUGGGGGAAAAUGCUGCGCUUCAUCGCACCAAUCAGCAUCUCCUCAUACUAUGGGGAGCGAUCAGCGCCUCCAUGCAGAGUGUGCAGCACCAGACUAGGAAGCAUCUCUAGUGGCCGUCUGAGUGACUGCCACUAGAGACGUUCCGAGUGUCAGCAAUGUAAACACUGCCUUUUCUCUGAAAAGAUAGCAUUUACAAUGCUCAGCCUACAGGGACAGGCUAUAGACACCAGAACCACUACAUUAAACUGUAAUAGUUCUGGUGACUAAAGUGUCCCUUUAAUACAACGUCUUUCUCUUACCGACUCUAAAUUACAGGGAGAGCAGGAGACACAAGUGAAGAUGCAUUUUGUUUGUGUCUUUCUCCCCCAAGCCCGUUUCCUGUGUCUCUUAGUCCCAGCCCCUUUGUCUCUUUCUCCCCUUCCCCAGCCCUUCUGUUAGUCUCUUUCCCCACAGCUCCUGUGUGUGUCUCAUUCUCCCCUUCCCCAGUCCCUGUGUGUGUCUCAUUCUCCCCUUCCCCAGUCCCUCUGUGUGUCUCAUUCUCCCCUUCCCCAGUCCCUCUGUGUGUCUCAUUCUCCCCUUCCCCAGUCCCUGUGUGUGUCUCAUUCUCCCCUUCCCCAGUCCCUCUGUGUGUCUCAUUCUCCCCUUCCCCAGUCCCUGUGUGUGUCUCAUUCUCCCCUUCCCCAGUCCCUGUGUGUGUCUCAUUCUCCCCUUCCCCAGUCCCUGUGUGUGUCUCAUUCUCCCCUUCCCCAGUUCCUCUGUGUGUCUCAUUCUCCCCUUCCCCAGUCCCUCUGUGUGUCUCAUUCUCCCCUUCCCCAGUCCCUCUGUGUGUCUCAUUCUCCCCUUCCCCAGUCCCUCUGUGUGUCUCAUUCUCCCCUUCCCCAGUCCCUCUGUGUGUCUUUUGUUGUCUCAUUCUCCCCUUCCCCAGUCCCUCUGUGUGUCUUUUGUUGGUAUUUCUCAGCCCCUCUGUGUGUCUCUUUCUCCCCAGACCUCCAUGUGUCUUAUUAGCACCCAGCCCUCCAUGUGUCCUAUUAGCCCCCUCUCCCAGCCCUCUAUGUGUCCUAUUAGCCCCCUCUCCCAGGCUCCAUGUGUCCUAUUAGCCCCCUCUCCCAGCCCUCCAUGUGUCCUAUUAGCCCCCUCUCCCAGGCUCCAUGUGUCCUAUUAGCCCCCUCUCUCAGCCCUCCAUGUGUCUAUAGUGAGCGCAGGGGGAUAGGGGCUGUACUGUAUGCAGGGGACUGUAGUAAAUACUUGGAGAUAAGGGCCAUAGUGGGUGCAGUGGAGUAAUAGUUGUAGUGGGUGAAAUUGUCCCCUUUGCUACCUAUGCUCACUGCUCCUUUUUGUGUCCCUAUGUCACCCCAGCAGAGGGAAGGACAGACUCAAUGUACCCAUUGUCUGUGUCACUGUACACACUCUUUACUGUAUUUACUGAAAGAGAAAAUUGGGAAUUGCAAGUCUUAUUAUGAAAUUGCCAUGAAAAAAAUAAAAUAAAAUAGCUGAAUUGAAGACUUUCUAUUUUUACAGAUUCAGCCCCAUUCGAUACAGUUAGAGAGCCCCUGGAACCUCAUUUACACUUACAUCAUAACGGCAAUGCUGGUAAGUCGUGUUCUCUGUUAAUCUCCACCUUUCGCUGUGUGAGGAACAUUACUGUUAGUGAGACAAUUUACACCGCCCAUGGAUAAUUACUAUCGCCGUACAGCCAGCUUAGCUUCCAUUUAACAAUUAAGCAUCAGGUUCAAACCAAACUGCAAAACAAUUGGAGUGGAAGAUGUUUUCCCCAUUUAUUGUAGAUUGGGUUAAAUGUUGCCAUCGUAGCGUGAAGCAGAAUAAACCCCAAUGAAUUCCCAUUAUUGUUCCAUUAAAUAGUUUGCACUUAUUACUAGGGUUCAGGUUCAAUUAAACUCGAAGAGGUAAACAGCUGAUCCCUAGUGUAACAGUCACCAGGGAACUUAGGGAACAGUCCACCAGGAGUUGGAGCCCAGUUGCAGGAGAUGGCACAGGAAGGAGGCAACAUCCAGAAGCGCAGUACAGAUUAACGGGGAAUCCAAAGUCAGGGCUGGCAGUCAGUAGCAAAUCAAAGCUCCAGCAGGAAAAAACAAACAGGCUAAAUGACCAGAUACCAGGUUUCAGGCAGGGCUGGUUUUCACAGCCUGCUAAUUAGGUGCAGCUGACCCUAAUCGGAAAAGGGCUGCAGGUGGAUCAGUGCUGCUUAAUCCAGGGCAAAUUGGUCAGGAAGCAGAAAUAGGCAAACAGAAACUCCUGCCCCCUGGUGGACGUCAUGGCGGAGAACCUCACUGGGAUGCUUGAGCAGUGAGUUCAAACCCAGCCAGGGGCAGUCAUGCCUUGCUGUCUGCAGGGCCCGGGCUGUGCCAUGACACCUAGCUAAUUCUCAGCCUUUCAGCCAUAGUGAAUGCUCACUGCACCCCUAUUUACAAUUCAUUAUCCUCUCCAAUCCCUGGGGUCAGCCAGCUGGGGUAACAAUAGAGUUAAAGCAGGAAUGGGGGAAACUUGUAACAUAAUUAAAAAACACUUAUUGGGGUUUAAUUAUGGGCUCUGAUACACUGAUAAAAUGCUGCAAAAAACAACUAAUUGUAUCCCCACAGCACAAAUAACCAUUUAUUACAUACAAACAGCAUGAUCAUUAUAAAAAAAAUACUACUACUCGUGUUGGAGUCCCAAAUCUACGGCAACCUUUUCAUCAAUCAGAGAGAUAAUAAAAUAAAUCAAUAUAGUGCUCGUGUCUGCAGCACGCCAGCAAACGCCAUUCAUCACACGAAAAGCAGUGUUUUCGUUAGAAUAAUCAUUGCCUGCAGCGGGAGCUUGUUGCGGAAUUGUGUAAAAAAAAAAAAUGUUCUUUUACACAGCGCUUUGUAUGAUAUAUGGAAACUGGGGUACUUAAGAGUUUGUAGUUAAUUUACUCAAUGUUUACAUAAAAUUAUGCAAUACACUAUCAUCUGUCUAUCUAUCGGUCUAUCUAUCAUCUAUCUGUAUGUCUAUUUAUCUAUACUCUAUCUGUCUGUCUGUCUAUCUCUCCACCUGUUUUCUAUCAAACCAUCUGUCUGUCUGUCUGUCUAUCUGUCUGAAGACUUUCUAUUUUUACAGAUUCAGCCCCAUUCGAUACAGUUAAAGAGCCCCUGGAACCUCAUUUACACUUAAAUCAUAACGACAAUGUUGGUAAGUUGUGUUCUCUAUUAAUCUCCACCUUUCGCUGUGUGAGGAACAUUACUGUUAGUGAGACAAUUUACACCGCCCAUGGAUAAUUACUAUCGCCAUAUCUAUCUAAUACCUAUCUAUCUAUCUAUCUAUCUAUCUAUCUAUCUAUAUAUCUAUAUAUCUAUAUGUCUGUCUGUCUAUCUAUCUAUCUAUCUAUCUAUCAGUCUAUAUAUCUAUCUAUAUAGUAUCUAUCUGUCUGUCCGUCUAUCUAUCUAUUUGUCUGUCUGUCUAUCUCUUUACUUAUCUGUCUUCUAUCAAACCAUCUGUCUAUCUGUCUGUCUGUCUAUCUAAUCUUUCGUGAACACUUCAUUUACAAACGUACAUUUUAUUGAUACAGAAAAUGCAGCCGGAGGGAACCUGGCCCACGUUACCCCCAAACCAGGCAAUGCUUCUACAAAUGCUGUUACCCACUUCGCAGGUAGGUUUGCUCUGUGGAUUUCAUAAAGUGCAUUUACUUCCCAAGACCCCCAAUAACAUGAUGAAUAAUGUAGGUUGGGGUAUUUUUCCCCAAAUAUGACUUAUUCGUUUAGCCCGCCCUUUACGCCCCAUACAUUCCUUUCUGUAGUGUUUCUAUUUUUGGUCAACUCCAAUAAUAGCGCUGUCGUGAUGUCAUGACUUGGGUUUCUGGGAGUUGUAGUUCAGCUGUUAGAUUUCUACAGCAAACAGCUGACAAUUCUACUACAGCUCCCAGAAACCCCUGAUUUGCCCAUAAUGCAAUGCUAUCAGAAAAUAAAUAAAAAGGAUAAUCCUGCAUAGCCUGGAACUUCAAAUGUAUCUUUUAUAAUUAUUUUAUUUUUAUUGUCUCUAUAUAUAAUAUAUUUAAAACCAGCAUGUCUGAUCCAGCCUGCUGUAACUCAAUGACCUCAGUGUAGACAGGGAUAGGUACAUACAGUGUAUAGGCCAUCCCAUACCUACCAAUAUGCAUGAGUUUCAGUGCAGUAAGUCACGAUGUUCUCGUGUUACAUAAUCUCUGACAGAAAACACAAACACUGGAUCAGCAGUAACGUCAAUUCCUAAUCCAGCCAAUGGAGAGUCGUUCUGAGCCCUGAUACCUGCAGUUUGUAUCAACACUAGACAUUUCACAUUUAGUCUUAUCUUCCAAGUCCCUCAGGAUGCUGAGCGUAUGAAUGAAUAGAAAAUGAUCCCUUGUUGUUAUGGAAGAGCCGAGGGAUUGUGGCGAGCCAUUAGUGGACUCACAAAUUAUAAAAAAAACACUCAAAUGUCUCUACAAGAUCAGCCAAUACUGACCAACAGACACGGGCCGUUUCUGAAUGUCCAUUGUUUUCUCUUGCUACAGGAACUGCAAACACAACCGCAGGACCGGCUGGAACAGUCAGCUCCUCCGUAGGUUCAGCGAGUGGUGAGUCAAUCAGAAUUUCUAACAUCUAUUUGUUGCCUUUCUUUUGUUGUAAAUGUGUUAAAUAACAUUGCAAGAAUGACAGAUUAUUUGCCUCUAUUCACUUCAUUCUGUGGGUAACAGCUCGAGUGUGAGAUUUUCUGGGACCUACUGCCUGUGACAAUGACAUGGAUAAUUAGGGAGCUCAAGUUAGUUGACAUAGGCCAAGACAGGGUGAAAAAGCAGCAAUAGUGCUCUUUACCCACUUCAGAGCUGCUCAGGUCACCUGUAAGGUUGUACCGGGUAGGACAGAAUGGAUCAUGAAUGCAGGUUAAACUGUAUUGCAGUUCAUAUAAAAUAGCUUAUCUCUUACCAACACAAGGCCUGUUAUAAUACAAAAGGGCCUUCGAGGGACUGCCACGGGGUCUGUAAAAGGGUUUUCCUAACUCUUAUCCUCUAAUUCCCAUUAUACUGAACAAUGGGAUUUGCAGUCCAACAUUAACUGGAAAUUGAUCGUUGAUACAUUGUGCCUUCCAACAUUGAUGAAGCAUUGUCAGGCCCACUUACAGAUAUAUCAAAGUGAUAGAUAGGGAAAAAAAGGAUGACAAACAUGUGUAUAUCGUUUGCUAAGUCUUUGUUGUGUUUAUCUGUUGUACGAACAGUUUCUCUAUUCUUUUUUUUAGGGGCUACAAAUGUGACAUCUUCCACAGUAACUACCAGGGCUGCAAAUCCAGUCACUGUUGCAGCAGGUGAGCUGAUAAUCUUUGAACGUUUGUAAAGUGAUUGGCGCUUCGCAAAGGGACUAUAUUAUAUAUUUAAAAACAUUUUCCCUAUAAUUGGGGUAGUUAAAUAUUGAACACCUUGCUGCAGCCCCCAUGUGCCUGGCUUAGGUUAACAAGAGCUGUGGGUAGCUUGGCAGUUUGAUUCUUGAAUUUGCUUGGAUUUCAAUAAUUGAUUUAAUCUGUAAUUGACUUUUAGGUUCUGCCGCCCCCAAAAGCAAUCCUGCUGCAGGUGUCACCCCAAGAGCUGACAAUCUAGUGCCCACAGCCAGUCAUGCCACUCUUGGUAAGUCUGAAUGAUCACGUAGUAUAUUCUAAAACCCAUUUUUGUUUUAAUAUCUUUUCUUUUAAUUAGUAUUAUAUUUUUCUCAAGCAGUUUUGUCUAGUUCGGCAUGGCCAGCCUUUCUUCACUUCGCAAUGGGAGACAAUCCAACAGCUAUAUGUAAACAUAAUCUAGAGAGGAUCGAGGCACAAUCAUAUUAACAGAAAUAUUUACAUUGAUGGAAAUUGCACGAAUGAGCAAAGAGAUGUUUUAAGUCGUGCAAUUUGUUGUAUCAAAAAACCCAUAAACGAUAAACCAAAAAAUGUCCUGUACUACACGCCAUAUAUUUAAAUCAACUCACCGGUACGAUACAUUUAAUUCAACUUUAUUAAAAGCAGUGACAAUAAUUCACACAUAUUAAAAGACAAAGAGAACCGCAACAAAUCUUAGCAUUUCGCCAAAUCGUCUCAGUCAUAGAUAACAAAUAACGAAGUGAGAUUGAUUUUCACAAUAUUAAAUUUUAACUCAAACCCGAAAUGAUUCAUAGCAAAUCUCUGUAAAGUCUCAAUUAAAACAAAAAAUGAUUUGUGAAUAGUCCAAGUGAUAGACUUGAAAAAAGGAAUAGAGAAACUGUUUGAAUUUAGUCCGAGUGGCAAAUUGUCCGAUUUCUCUAACUAAGGACACGUAACUCAAUAAACGACUCGCACAAUACAAUUGGGAUCGGAGUUAUGACCAUAUUUCUGCUUCAAUGUUACAAUUUGGCUUUCCCAUUCACUACAAUUACCGGUUAAAGGACAACUGACAUCACAUUUUCACUUCUUACUUUUAAAUGUUUUCUACCUGUAAUGGAACUUAAUAAGGAUUUUUUGAAAAUUAUGUAUUUGGUUUUUGGUUUGUUUUUUUGGGAAGAGAAUGUCACUUUUUACCUGGCUGAGCAGCCAUGUUUGUUUAGACUCUCCUGUUUUCUGACCAACUGCUGCUCAACCUCACUGGCUGCGGCUGUGAUUGCUCUGUGUGAACCUGUAGCAACAGCAAGUUAGGUUGAGUAACAAUUGGUCCGUAAAUGGUAGAAUCUGACCCAACAUGGCCGCUCAGCCGCAUAACAUUUUCUCAAAAAUCUAAUCAAUAUACAACAUUUAAAAAUAAACAUUACAUUUCAUUAAAUAUAAUACAAUUUAAAAAAAAAUGAAAAGUGAAAAUGUGAUGAUAGCUGUCAUUUAACUGAAUAAAAUGUUAAUUUGAGAAAUUAAACUCUUUCCUAAUCUCCCAGCUGGGGCUCCAGGAAUCACUCAUCCUAUCGUGAGCGCUGUUACUGGAGGUAAGAAAAGACGCCAUAAUCGUUAUUAGUAGUAUUGCUGUCACUAGUAUAAAUAAUAUUGAAAAACAUAUGUUUUAGUAAAAUAUGAAGAAGGAGCCUGAUAAAAAAUAUACAGAUCUGGCGGAGAUGUUCUGCGAGUUACCACGAUGCAGUAAGACACAGAAUGUUGUAGAUCUGAUGUGAUGGGCUGGACAGUAACCCCUGCCUGGUCCGUUAAUCUAAAAGCUUUGCUAACAAAUAUUAAAAAUGAGGAAAUGGCAAUGAAAGCCACUGGUUAACAUGAUAAUUAGAAAUAUGCAGACUAUGCAGAACAUCAUCAGGUGCCUUAUUGGGAGAUUCCAAUUAAAAUGCAACUGGGACUUCCUGACAAAAUGUCAUACUGAGUUUAAUAUAUAUCACAUAAUUACUUCUGAAGGAUUCUGACCUAGUGAAACAUCUCCUGCAAUAUAUAUGGUUACCACUGGGUGGCAGUCUCACACUCCUUUAAAUGGCAAAUAGUAUGAGAGUCACCUUGUACUGGGCAUCCUUCAUGCCAGAGGAACCAUGAUAGGGUGGUUUGUAAUGACAGGGUUAAUGAGAUUGUAUUCCUAAAUACAAGGCAAAGAUUCCCUGUAACGAGGAACAAGUAUACACUUUGCAAUGUUACAAUAUUAUGUUUUAUGUUAAUGCAUUAUUUUGGGGGGAUUUAACAACACAGGAACCAAGGUUGGAGAUGUUCAUAUUCCUGGACUCAGUCCCUGCCCAGAUCACUGCCCUAAUGGUGAGUUCCAAGAGCUUGCACUCUAUAUCACCCGUGCCCGUGAGCUAGUCGCCCUGGAGAUUUCUGUGUAGAAAUACAUGCUAUUUCUGGGACUGAUCUUACCCACACACGGUCUGAGUUAGACAGAUACGGGUCUCAUGUGAUGUCACUAUGGCCUCAUUCAGGAUCUGCCCGUUUCAAUUACAGUCAUUAAAUGACACAAGUGCGGUACAUUUAACAUUAAGUGACACAGUUUGACUGUCUGAGAUGGAGAGUGUGAUUAAUGCAAAUUACACGGAUCCUUUCAUUUUAAUCAGUACACAAGGAUGUACUCUGCACAUUAUAAAUGGAAAUUCGAUUGUGCAGCUAAAGGGACUCUGACAUCCUUCUACAUGUUAGAAAGAAGGAACCUAUCAGGUAGGUGAGCAAAUAUAAUCCAUAGUUUGCGUUGGCAAAAUUGUUAACACAUGCACCAUUUAAAAAUACAACCUAGUUAUAUAAAGAUUGUGGCUACAUCCGCCCACCAUUUUGGUAGGUUUGUAUUAAUUUGGCGCCAGGGCAGAGGAAGCGUGGAUUUUAUUAUUUAAUCUAAAAAGACUCUAAAUGUCUGCUAGCUUUUUGGCUAGUCAUAUUUAGCCCAAAGUAUAUGUAUUCUAUUAUAUGACAGUUUUAUAAUAUUACCAUAAUAAUAACAUUUAUAGCAUGAAGGAAGAUAACGGAACUCUCAUAAACUUUUUUGGUAAUUUUAUUUUGUAUAAAAAGGCUACCACUACUAAUAAUUAAUAAUAAUAAUAAUAAUAAUAAUAAUAAACAGUGAUAUCACCUGCAGGGAGGACAGACGCAGAUGGGAUCAAUAUAUUAAAUACUAAUAAUCUCACACAUUGCUGGUGACUAUAUACAAUAUAUAUUUCUUACAGGAAUAGCUGGAAAUCCCCCAUGUGUAUGUGUUAACGCAGUCCAAGGUCUGAAAGGUAAGUAUGACAGCACAAGCAUCGCUCGUUACAGUGCUGUGUUAUGUGUCACUCAAAAACAUAUGGUUAUUGUCAAGAGGGGAAUUAGUUAGAAUGUUAAAAUUAGAUUAUUAGUUAUGGGGAGUUUAGUUCUGGAGAAUGGGGUUUAUGACUAAAAGUAGGGUUUAGGGAUAGAGGAACUUACAGCAAAGGAUAGAGGAGUCAGGGGAAGUGGACAUUGGAGAAAUUAGGGUUAGUGUAGUUUAGACCUAGGAGAGAUAUGGUUAGGGGAGGUUAGAGCUGGGAGAGAUAGGGUUAGGAGAGGUUAGAGCUGGGAGAGAUAGGGUUAGGAGAGGUUAGAGUUGGGAGAGAUAGAGUUAGGGGAGGUUAGAGUUGGGAGAGAUAGGGUUAGGGAAGGUUAGAACCAAGAGAGAUAGGGUUAGGGAAGGUUAGAGCUAGGAGAGAUAGGGUUAGGGGAGGUUAGAGCUGGGAGAGAUAUGGUUAGGGGAGGUUAGAGCUGGGAGAGAUAGGGUUAGGAGAGGUUAGAGCUGGGAGAGAUAGGGUUAGGAGAGGUUAGAGUUGGGAGAGAUAGAGUUAGGGGAGGUUAGAGUUGGGAGAGAUAGGGUUAGGGAAGGUUAGAACCAAGAGAGAUAGGGUUAGGGAAGGUUAGAGCUAGGAGAGAUAGGGUUAGGGGAGGUUAGAGCUGGGAGAGAUAGGGUUAGGGGAGGUUAGAGUUGGGAGAGAUAGGGUUAGGGGAGGUUAGAGGUGAGAGAGAUAGGGUUAGGGAAGGUUAGAGCUAUGAGAGAUAGGGUUAGGGAAGGUUAGAGCUAGGAGAGAUAGGGUUAGGGGAGCUUAGAGUUGGGAGAGAUAGAGUUAGGGGAGGUUAGAGUUGGGAGAGAUAGUGUUAGGAGAGGUUAGAGCUGAGAGGGAAUAAGUAGGGGGAGUUGGGAGCUAUGAGAGAUAGGUUGGGGAGGUUGGAAGCUGAAGGGGAGAUAGGGUUAGGGGAGGUUAGAGCUGGGAGAGAUAGGGUUAGGGGAGGUUAGAGUUGGGAGAGAUAGGGUUAGGAGAGGUUAGAGCUGGGAGAGAUAGGGUUAGGGGAGGUUAGAGUUGGGAGAGAUAGGGUUAGGGGAGGUUAGAUCUGGGAGAGAUAGGGUUAGGGGAGGUUAGAGCUGGGAGAGAUAGGGUUAGGGGAGGUUAGAGUUGGGAGAGAUAGGGUAGGGGAGGUUAGAGCUGGGAGAGAUACGGUUAGGAGAGGUUAGAGUUGGGAGAUAUAGGGUUAGGGGAGGUUAGAGCUGGAGGUUAGGAGAGGUUGAAGCUGGGAGAGACUAGGGUUGGAGAGGUUAGAGUUGGGAGAUGGUUUCUGGGGUUAGGGAGGUUAGAAGGCUGAGAGAGAUAGGGUUAGGGAAGGUUAGAGCUAUGAGAGAUAGGGUUAGGGAAGGUUAGAGCUAGGAGAGAUAGGGUUAGGGGAGCUUAGAGUUGGGAGAGAUAGAGUUAGGGGAGGUUAGAGUUGGGAGAGAUAGGGUUAGGAGAGGUUAGAGCUGAGAGAGAUAGGGUUAGGGGAGGUUAGAGCUGAGAGAGAUAGGGUUAGGGGAGGUUAGAACCAAGAGAGAUAGGGUUAGGGAAGGUUAGAGCUGGGAGAGAUAGGGUUAGGGGAGGUUAGAGCUAUGAGAGAUAGGGUUAGAGCUAUGAGAGAUAGGGUUAGGGGAGGUUUGAGCUGGGAGAGAUAGGGUUAGGGGAGGUUAGAGCUAUGAGAGAUAGGGUUAGGGGAGGUUAGAACCAAGAGAGAUAUGGUUAGGGGAGGUUUGAGCUGGGAGAGAUAGGGUUAGGGGAGGUUUGAGCUGGGAGAGAUAGGGUUAGGGGAGGUUAGAGCUGAGAGAGAUAGGGUUAGGGGAGGUUUGAGCUGGGAGAGAUAGGGUUAGGGGAGGUUAGAGCUGGGAGAGAUAGGGUUAUUGGAGGUUAGAGCUAUGAAAGAUAAGGUUAGGGGAGGUUAGAGCUGGGAGAGAUAGGGUUAGGGGAGUUAAUAGUUAGGAGAGAUACGGUUAGGGGAGGUUAGGGCUAUGAGAGAUAGGGUUAGGGGAGUUAAUAGUUAGAAGAUAUAGAGUUAGGGGAUUUAAUAGUUAGGAGAGAUAGGGUUAGGGGAGAUUAGAGCUGGAGAGAUUUGGUAGGUGGGUUACCUCCAAUAAAAUUUAUGUUAAUCAUAAUCCACAUCAUGAGAUAAUUAGAGUUGCACUGACCAUGAAGGUUAGGUGGUUACAGUGUGUGGUAAACACAAUCUACAAUGUUGCCCGCCAUUAUAAAUCUAGCUGUAGAGUUCAUUACCCUGUGAAGGUUUCAUUCAUGUUUACAUUACAGCCAUAUAACUAAAUGAACUGCUAAAUAAGAGUUUGAUUUCCUGAUUAUUAUUGGUCCAUGACGCAGUGCGCAAUUAACAUGCUCUCUCUAUCUCUGGUUCUGUAGGCCCCUCAGUGAAAGACGAUUAAUCUGCAGAAGAUUCCAAUUUAUUGUCAGUUAAACAGGUCAGUUCCUCUGGAAAUGCUUAAUUCUAGGGAGAGAUGUCUUACAGCAAACUUCUAAAAGUUCUUACUGAGGGAUAAUCAACAUUGAAACCAGUAUGUACUUGUUACAACUUUGUAUCGUGCCACUGUUAUAUAGCUGUCCUUAUGUCUCAGUGUUAGUGCGUAUCGUUUCAAUACUACUCAAAACAAAGUAUAAAUAUUUGCAUACUAUAUAGCCGCGACCUACUCCCCCAUGGCAUUAACUGUGAACACCACAAGUUAUUAACCAGAUGUAUCUAGAAGAUUCUGUGCCUAUUCUGGAACUACUUCUAUUCAGCUGUAGGCUCCUCUGUUAGGAGAUAUCCUCAGGCAUUACAAGUUGCUGGGGAUAUUUUCUAGUAGUGCGUUGUAUUUCAGCAGCACAGGUAGACCAGAGAGAAAUAUAAAAACAGAGAAUAGUGCUCUCUAUCUGGAUAAAUAGGAAAUAAAAAGGAUAAAGGAGAUAUACUCACAAAAGGAGAGUAAAGUGAAGUUUUGCCCAAUCCUGUAAAGCUUAGGUGGUAUCUUCCCCAUCUAGGAAAUUGAAGUAUGGGGUCCUCCAGGUAAAAUCUUCUGAGAUAAAAUCAGGAAGGUCCAAAUAAAGUAAAAACUAGUUUUAUUAGUAAACAAAAUAAUAAAAUCAAUAAUAUAAUGUAAAACACCAAUAACACACUAACGCGUUUCACCAUCUACUCGGCUUUCUCAAAGUGUUACAGAGAUAAGGACCUAUCAGGUCUAAGUAGCCAAAAAAAUCUAAUAAAACAGUCAGAUGAUGUCAUCAGUCAUGUGAUCAGAAAUAUUAAUUAGCUUCAAAAUAUCAAAUAAUUUAAAAUUUGAGAUGAAGAUAGAAUGAACCUGUUCUAAUAAAGUAGGUAAUGUGACUUUAAAAUGACAUGUAGUAUAAAAAACACCUUAAAAUCAAUUUUAAAAAUGGGGUUGUAGAUAGCUUUAAUAAGGAGUCCCAAUAUGGCCACGGUGGCCAUCCAUUCACCAUGUCUUUAAUAAGGAGUCCCAAUAUGGCCAGAGUGGCCAUCCAUCCAUCAUGUCUUUAAUAAGGAGUCCCAAUUUGGCCAGAGUGGCCAUCCAUCAUGUCUUUAAAAAGUAGUCCCAAUAUGGCCACGGUGGCCAUCCAUCCAUCAUGUCUUUAAUAAGGAGUCCCAAUAUGGCCACGGUGGCCAUCCAUCCAUCAUGUCAUUAAUAAGGAGUACCAAUAUGACCACCAUGGCCAUCCAUCCAUCAUGUCUUUAAUAAGGAGUCCCAAUAUGGCCACCGCGGCCAUCCAUCCAUCAUGUCUUUAAUAAGGAGUCCCAAUAUGGCCACAGUGGCCAUCCAUCCAUCAUCUCUUUAAUAAGGAGUCCCAAUAUGGCCACAGUGGCCAUCCAUCCAUCAUUUCUUUAAUAAGGAGUCCCAAUAUGGCCACGGUGGCCAUCCAUCCAUCAUGUCUUUAAUAAGGAGACCCAAUAUGGCCACCGUGGCCAUCCAUCCAUCAUGUCUUUAAUAAGGAGACCCAAUAUGGCCACCGUGGCCAUCCAUCCAUCAUGUCUUUAAUAAGGAGUCCCAAUAUGGCCACCGCGUUUUUAAUAAGGAGUCCCAAUAUGGCCACGGUGGCCAUCCAUCCAUCAUGUCUUUAAUAAGGAGUCCCAAUAUGGCCACGGUGGCCAUCCAUCCAUCAUGUAAUUAUAUGUUUGUUGUUUUGCAUUAAAAUUAAUAUUGUAUGUUUUUUUGUUUUAUUUUAGCCAUAACUUUGGACGGAUCCUCCACGGAGCUACGUACACACAGUGACCUCACGCCCUGCACCCAGGGACUCGCACUACAUUAAAUAAAGUCUGACAUCUUUUAGCAUAAACAUCUGUGUGUGUGUGUCUUGUGUCCUGCGCUGUGCGUACAAUAUAG